CCAUUUUCAACAACAAAAAAAGGAGAGAGAUAUAUAGUUAAUUAACCUGGUGCAUCAUAAUCAUGGGUUGUGGAGAAUCCAAGCAUGCAGUUUCAACAGAGAACACCAUUACCAGAACCAAGAGUUCAUCCUCUUCUUCCAGAUCCACCUCCAGGAGGGAGAAAGCGCCGGAAACCGCCGUCCAUCACAAGAACCCCACCACCGUUCCCCCAUCCCUGCAGCUGCCGGAACAAGAUUUUGCUGCAAAUCGUGUCCCGGAGAACAAGCCUGAGGCUGCAGCAGUUGCAAAUCUUGGAACUGGUGCUGUUGUGAAGGUUAAGGAAAGCAGCAGCCCUGACGAGGCUGUCAAGGUUGUCGUGGAAGCCGAAAAAGAGAACGAUUCUCCUCCUGUUAUGGUUGAGAUGGAGAGACAGGUCAAUGCCGCCGUGGAGGUUAAGGAAAGCAAGAAUCUUGAUUCUGAUGCGGUUGUUGUCGAGAAGGAAGAAAGUCAAGAAACAGAACCUGUGCCCAUUCAUGGUGAGGUUAAGGUAACCCAGAAUCUUGAUUCUGUUAUGCUUGCAGGGGAAGGUGUUAAAGAAGAAGAGAAACCCGGAAAAGCUGUUGUGGCAAAGAAAGAAUGUCAAGAGACAGAAUCUGUGUCCAUUAAUGGUGAGGUUAAGGAUAGCCAGAAUCUUGAUUCUGUUAUGGUGGCAGGGGGAGGUGUUAAAGAAGAAGAGAACCCCGGAAAAGCUGUUGUUGAGAAGGAAGAAAGUCAAGAAACAGAAGCUGUCUCCAUUAAUGGUGAGGUUAAGGAAAGCCAGAAUCUUGAUUCUAUUAUGGUGGCAGGGGAAGGAUUUAAAGAAGAAGUGAAAACCGAAAAGGCUGUUGUCGGGAAGGAAGAAAGUCAAGAACCUGUGUCCAUUAGUGGCGGGAUUGAGAAAGAGGUAAACGCAGCUGAGGAGGUGAAGGAAAGCCAGAAUAUUCUUUCUGUUAUGGCUGUUGUCGAGAGGGAAGAAAGCCAAGAAACAGAACCUGUGUCCAUUAAUGGUGGGAUUGAGAAAGAGGCAAACAAACCCGAGGAAGUUAAGGAAAGUGGAGUGGAUUUGGGAGAGGAGAAAACUGAAAAGGCAAUUUUGGAGGAGCCUGAGGAAGAAACAGAAUCUGUGACUGUCAAUGAAGAGCUUAAGGAAAGCACUGUGGUGGCUAUGGAAGAUGUGAAAGAGGAAGCAAAAAUGGCCAUUGCAGAGCAGCAGGGGAAAGAAACAGAAUCUGUAUCUUUCAAUGAUGAGAUUCUGGAAGAGGAAGCAAAAAUGGCCAUUGAAGAGCAGCAGAAGGAAGAAAUAGAAUGUGUUUCUGUCAAUGAAGAGGUGGAGAAAGGAUCUGUUGAUGAUGAAGACAAAACAGAUGCACAAAAAGAAGAGGGCAUUCAGCUUAAGGAAGAAAAGGUAAAUAUUACAGAAGAAAAUGAUGUGUCAGCUCCUACCAAUGAGGCAAAAGCUGAAGCCAAACCAGAACAAGACGAGAAAACUCCAAGUCCACAAGAGGAGAAAAAAGCUGAGGUGGCAGCCAAAGAGGAGAAAGCUACUGAAGAAGUGGAAGCCCUUUGAAGACUUGUUGCAUUUUUUUCUUUCUUGGAUAUCUCUCUAAGAGUGUGUAUAAAUAUAUAGACACAUUCAAGUUAUGAUUGAUCAAAGACAGUCAGGUGUGAGAAAGAUGUGAUGUAUUAUAUGGAUUUAGAUCCUAUCAAGCAAAGCCUUCAAUCUGUUAAUCUUUUUCUAUUCAUGACUACCAAGACAAAUUAUGAAAAAUUGUCAUCUGUCCUCAGAAAUUUACCAAAAUAUGAUCAAAACAUAGAGUACGGUAACAAGAAUGCCACUAAACUAUUUGUUUUUUU